UUUUGAAUAAGUACCCGAGAUUUAUUAAACAAACAAAAGUAUUUGUAAAUAGCGCAUUUAAAUAAAUAAUACAAACCUGUUUAGCUGCAAUCAGCAAAGUGUUAUCAGUUAUCCUAUAGAUCAUAUCAACUAAAGAUUGUUUUAUAGUCCUCAGAAGAUCGUAAUACUUUAAUCUAUGCCACUUUUCACCAAGAACUAAAGUUCAGUUCACACGACACUAACGCCACCAUGAAUCGAUCCAAUGCCUCGAAGAAUGGAAAAAUCAAAAACCGUCCAUCACAAAAAGAGCCAAAGAUCUACAGAUACGAUCAAUCGAACAAACUGCCAAGAUAUGGAGUGAUCGUAAAAUGGGACGGGAAAACAAAGUACAAUGCCAUGAAGGAAAAGUUGGAUGCUCAUAUGGCACGUGUCGGUCCCUCGUCAGCGACACCAGGGCAAAAAUCAAAGAAUGGACAACUGAACCGCAAAUCGAUGCCAUACUACCGCCAGGCCGGGCUAAACAAGGCAAUUUUUAUAUUCAGUGACAUACAUCAGGCCAAUGCAUUUGCUGAUCUGAAAGAUGAUACAUUGAAGGCGUUCAUUCCGAUGAGUUUCAUCUGUUCAAUUGGGGUAGCAGUAUUCAACAAGUUCACCUACAAAAAGUCUGAAUUGCAAGAAUGCUUCCCCAAAGAGUAUGAAGUACUGCAAUGGCGCAAAAAACGACUGGAAAACGGUAAAUUACAAGUGUCAAUUUCGGUGCGAGGAUCCGAAAUUCCCGACAGCCUCAAUUGCAAAGGAGAGAAAAUAACGUUCGAGCUCCUGGAGCGGAAACCAAUAUAUUGCACGCGCUGCCUCCGAUAUGGCCAUCGGGCCAGUAACUGUUUUCGGCGUCCACGAUGCGGCGUUUGCACACCGUACGAACGAGAAUCAAAGCAUACCGAGAAAUACUGUCCAAAGAUCAAACGUAAGCCUGUUAAUGACGAGCGUUGUCUCUACUGUCGCCAGGGACAUACCAUUGGAAAAGAAAAUUGCGUUGAAUACGGCCAACAGCAUGACUUCAGAUUGAAGUUGGUAAGGCGGAAUCUGGACUAUUUGACGGUUCUUGAGAAGGACAUACUGCCGGCGAUUAGAACAACGGCGGUCAACUCGAACCGACUAUGGCUAGAUUAGAUUAAACGCCUAGCCAAGGGUAAGGGAUUCCCUUUUUUUGCCAAUUGUCGAAUUAUCUCACUUACCUGUUUUGAGAGUAUAUAUUUUACGACUAGGUCGAUUUAUAUUUUUCUGUAACUGUAACUACAUGAACAAACAUGAAUUGAAAUAAAAUCGUUGUUAAACAACACA